GGGGUACUUCGGCCUAGGCUGGCCGGGGUUCUGCGGCCCUUGGCCCCAGGCCCCAGGUUCUGUGCGCUUGCGUCGCUCCCCCAGGUACAAGGGUCCCAUGCGGUGGGACCCCCGGGCAGGGCUGGGCUAGGCGGGACCCCGGAGUGUCUCGGGGCGGGCGAAGAUGCACCGACGGCGGCGGCGCUGAGGGGCCUCCCGCCGCCCUAACCGCUCCUGCCCUCGGCGUCCGCGAAAGAGCCAGCCAGCCCCCUGCCAGGUUGGUGGGAGCAGCCAGAGGCCGGGGAAUGAACUGCCGGGCCGAGGUCCUGGAGGUGUCCGUGGAGGGGCGGCAGGUGGAAGAGGCCCUGCUGGCUGUGCUGCAUACAGUGCUCCUGCACCGAAGCACCGGCAAGUUCCACUACAAGAAGGAGGGCACCUACUCCAUUGGCACUGUGGGCACCCAGGACAUCGACUGUGACUUCAUCGACUUCACCUACGUGCGGGUCUCCUCAGAGGAGCUGGACCGGGCCCUGCGCAAGGUCGUUGGGGAGUUCAAGGAUGCCCUUCGGAACUCUGGUGGCGACGGCCUCGGGCAGAUGUCCUUGGAGUUCUACCAGAAGAAGAAGUCCCGGUGGCCCUUCUCCGACGAGUGCAUCCCCUGGGAGGUGUGGACAGUGAAGGUCCACGUGGUGGCCUUGGCCACGGAGCAGGAGCGCCAGAUCUGCCGAGAGAAGGUGGGGGAGAAGCUGUGCGAGAAGGUGAUCAACAUCGUGGAGGUGAUGAACCGGCACGAGUACCUGCCCAAGAUGCCCACGCAGUCCGAGGUGGACAACGUCUUCGACACGGGCCUUCGGGACGUGCAGCCCUACCUCUACAAGAUCUCCUUCCAGAUCACGGACGCCCUGGGCACCUCGGUCACCACCACCAUGCGCAGGCUCAUCAAGGACACGCUGGCCCUCUAGCCGGCGCCAGGCGCAGGGAGAGCCGCCUGCGGGGCCGGGGGCAGCCGGCUCCUCCUCUGCUUGGGGACUUACUGGGCAACGUGCAUGUAGGGGGCUCCUGGAGGAACCCGCCAUCCUCGGCCCUGCCUCCUUCUUCGGCAGGUCUCCGGAACUGGAUCUCCCCUUCCUCUCCCAUAUUGUGCUGACAGCCAAGGCUCCCUCCCAAACCGUCGAAGAUGGGGUCCUCCUCAGGCCCUUUCUUAGGACACUGUUACUUCCCCUCAGUGUCCCCUCCCCCUGCCUCAUCUGUACAGAAAACACACUAAGUAGGGAAUAAAAGUUGGAAAUUCGA